GAGUUUUAGUAUUAAUAUUAAUCAAUUGAGACUAAUUAGAUAUUUGAUUGAAAACUGUUGCGAAAAGCCCCGUUCGUUUCCUUAGAAACCAACUUCCUGUAAAUUGUUACCCCCUUUCAAAUAGAAAUAAAACCAAAAUUUUCUACUUGUGUACAUUAUAAAUAUUAUAAUGAAUACAAUGGUGAAUAUAAUUCAUCCAAAAUUAUUAACAAAACCGCCAAUUUGUGGAGCGAAGAAACCAACAACUAAAAACGCAAUAAUUGACUUGAAAAGUUUAGAGAGAAAAAAUGACACAAUGUUUCAAACUAUUCAAAUGGAAUUGACAAAACCAGCCAUCAAUGAUUGUAAUCAAAAUGUCAUUGAACCGAAUUCUUGUUCUUUUCAACAACUUUGCAAUAUGAUUAAUCAUCUUGAGGGAAAUUUAUCUGACACGAAUAUAAUUGUUGAUGAUGAAGAAAAUUUGCCGAAUGUUCCGUUUAAAUAUCAAAGUCAAGUUCACCCAGAAAAAGACGUUUCUGUAAAUAAUUGUAGUUCAAGUGGUCAAACUUAUGAGGAUAUUAUGCAAUUUUUGGGUUCACUGGAGCAAGAGAUUCCAAAGUUAGAAUCAAGCGAGUCCUCUGGAAAAUCGAUUCACGCCCUCGAGGAAUUUUUGUCCACUGAUCAAUUUGUUCAGAGUCAAUCAAAAAUCAGGAGUAAAAUAAUUCCGAACUCGCAACUGCAAGACGAUUUAGAAACGACGAAACUCCAAUUAGAAGAGAAGGAAGCGACAUUAACGUGUUUGAAAAAUGAACUAAAAUUCGAGAGGAAAGUCGCUUGUGAGAAAUUAAAUUCACUGAAGAAAGAACACUCCGUGUCGCUUCAAUCCCAAAAAUCAAGAUAUCAGGCAAUCAUAAAGCGUCAUCAAAAGUUUAUUGAAAAAUUGAUCUCCGAAAAAAAGGAUUUAACGGAAAAAUGUAAUUCCUUAGCGCAGAGAAUAAAAGAAAUUGAGGCGAAAAAUCAACGGGAAAUAAAAGUCAUUGUCGAGAGGCAUUCCAUUGAAAUACAACGCGCCAAAGAACUUUGCGCGGCUUCGGAAAAAAUUCGACGAGAACGAUGGUUAGAGGCGAAGAAAAAUAAAAUUAAGGAAAUGACAGUGAAAGGAUUAGAACCAGAAUUAAGAAAUAUGACAGAACAACAUCAAUUGGAAAUUCAAAAUUUACGAAGUGUUCAUCUUGAGGAAUUGCAAAAUAUGGAUCUUCGUGCGGUACGAAGGGCAAAUCAACAAAUGGAACAUUUACGUAACGAAUUAACGGAAAAUCAUGAAAAAUUACUAAACGAGGAAAAAGAAAUUCUACGCUCCAGAUAUGAGGAAAAAUUGAAUGAACAGGAAUUUUUGUUUGACGAGAGACACAGAAAAUUUCUCGAUGACCUGCAAAAGGAAAAGGAGAAAUUCUCUCAGGAACAGUUGAAGAGAGAUUUAGAGAGAAAGGCAGAAAUUAAUCGAGUUACAGCCGAUUUUAAUGAAAAGGCGGAGGCGAUGAUGCAAAGACAUCGAAACGAAUUGGAAUCAGUUCGAUCGUCAUUGAAGACGGAGCAGGAAAUUUGGACUGAAAAUCAACAGAGACAAUAUAAUAUUAAAUUUGAAAUAGCUGAGUCAAAAAUUAGGGACGAAAGCAUUAAGGAAAGGGAUCGACAAAUCGAAAUUGCGAUCGAACGUUUAGAGAAGGAAUCAAGAAACAUGAAAAUUAAUCUUCAGAAAAGUUCCGAAAAUAAAUUACGAUGUCUAACGGAGAAAUACGAGUCAGAAUUGCAGAUUAUAACCGACAAUGAACAAGUUUUAAAGGCUAAAUUAUCGUCCGCACAGGAAAGACUAGAAACUCUCGAGACUCGUCUGGAUAAAACGGAAUCAAUUUUACAGCAAAGAAUCAUUGAUUUGCAAAACACUCGAAAAUCGUUGGAAACGGUAACAAUGGAAAGGGACAAUGUGAAAAAAAUCGUAAGACAGGAAAUCGAAUCCGAGAAAAGGGAAUUGGAGGAUAAAAUAGCGUCUCUUUAUCGAGAAUUAACGGAAAAUAAUUCGAACAGAGAAACGCUAAUGACACAAUUAUACAGCAGAAUAAAGCUGAUAAUAACGCAGAAGGAUCUAUCGAUAAAAAAUCUCAUUCAAGAGACGACGGAGGCAAAAAACAAAUGCGAUCAUUUAGAAAAACUUUUGGAUCAGCAACGACGAGAAUACGUUUUAAAGUCUUUGUGAAUUUUCGUGUGUAAAAAUAAAAUUAACUACUUUUAUUCUGUAAAAUAAGUGAAUUUUCCAAAAAACUUCCUU